AUGGGCUGGGCAUUGAUGAUGCAUCUUGUUUUGUUGGAUGGCUCCUUUUUAUGGGGUAUUGUGCCAAUGCCAUGGUUUAUCUCCUAUAUUGCUACGGCGAUCUAUGCCCCAACAACUCUUUUCGUCAAGGUCAGCCUGAUUACCAUCUUGAUCAGGGUAUUCCAACCUUACUACCGAGCCAUGAUAUCGCUGUAUGCGCUUCUUGGCAUCGUGAUUGGUUAUUAUACCAUCAUCACCUUCAUUAAGAUUUUCAUCUGCGAUCCAAUCUCAGCAUACUGGCUCUCAGCGGAACAGGAAAACGCAAAAUGCUUCGAUCAGCCAAGCGUUAUCAUUGCCGACUCGGUCAUCAGUUUCGUCACCGAUGUCGCUAUUUUCGCCUUCCCCGUGGCAUUCACCUGGACGCUGCAGAUGCCAUUCUGGAAAAAGGUCAAAGUAAUGGUCUUACUCGGAUUCGGAGGAAUAGCGAUAGCAUUUAGUCUAUGGAGACUUGUGAUUGGAAUUCGCGAGAGGAAUCAUCCCGACUCGACCACGAUGUUCAUGACGUCAAUUCUAACAGCGUGA